AAUCAAAAUCUGAUACCCCAGUACACCUUCCCUUUUCCUGCAGUAUCGUCCUGUCUUUCAAACUUUUCGGUUUCAAACGUUUUUAUUGUUAGGGCCUUUUAGAAAUUCAAAAAAAUGAGAAAAAUCAUUAGGCCUGAGGGCUUUUCCAACUAUUUGAAUCUCUACAGAUCCUUUGCCAGCAAAUGCGGUGGAAAGUCUGAUGAAAAAGAGGCCAAGAAAAGUGCCUUCAGUUCGCUGGUGAAGCCAAUGAAGGAUUCCAAGAGAAAACCUGGCUUCAAGAUCACCGUCGUGGGUGCCGGCAAGGUGGGAUUGGCUUGUUGUUCCUAUCUUUUGGACAGACGGUUGGCGAAGGAGCUGGUCAUCAUGGACAUUCAAUACGAGAGAGCACAGGCCGAGGCCCUGGACUUCAAUCAUGGCUCUGUAUUUUUGGGGGAGCCCAAGGUUGUGGCCUGCGGUGAUGGAGCUCACACAAAGGACUCGGACUUGAUUGUCUUCACAGCGGGAGUUCGCCCCGGAAAGAAGUCGCGCCUGGAGGUCAUGCACGAUACGGUCAAGAUAUUGAAAGCAGUCGUCCCCAAAUUGGUUGAGCUGAGUCCAAAGGCCAUUUACCUGGUCAUCGCCAAUCCCGCCGACGUGAUGACCUAUGCUUUCCAAAAGAUUGGUAAGCUGCCCAAGCAUCGCUGCUUCACCAGUGGCUGCCAUUUGGAUACGGCCCGGUUCCGGUACUAUGUCGCCCAACACCUCAAGGUACCCGCUUCGGCGGUGCAGGGUUUUGUGAUUGGAGAGCACGGGGACAGUGCUGUGCCGGUUUGGUCCAGCGUACAAGUGGCCGGAUCGUGCCUUCGGGAUGUAGCCAAGAACCCAGGCUGUGGCGAUGAUCCGGAAAAGUGGGCGGAGAUCGAAAGGAAGGUGAUCUGCGGUGGUGCAUCGGUGAGCAGGGUCAAGGGUUAUACCGACUGGGCCGUGGCCCUCAGCGCCAUAGAUAUAGUGGAGGCGAUAAGUGGUCCCUACGGCAAGAUUAUGAGUGUCGGCACGGAUAUGAAGGGCAUUCAAGGCAUCGAGGACAAUGUUGUUCUCUCCAUGCCAUGCAUGGUCACCUCCGCAGGCAUCAGCUACAUCUACGAGAUGGCACUCACCAAUGGGGAAUACGAAAAGUUACACAAAUCCGCUGACAUUCUUCUCAAGGCCCAGUGCAAACUAAAGUUAUAGG